AUGACAACGCCAGUCUUCGUCCGUACAGAAGCAAACCGUUUCGCAUCCUUGCUGCAAAUAUGCUGCCUUCAAAGUCCCAUAUCUUACUCCCUUGUCCGUCCUGUCCAUGCCCACAUGAUAGCUUCUGGUUUCCAGCCAUGUGGCCACAUCCUCAACCGUCUGAUCGAUAUCUACAGCAAAUCCUCAAAAUUGAGCUACGCUCGUCACCUGUUCGAUGAAAUUCUCCAACCAGAUAUUGUUGCAAGAACAACACUCAUUUCUGCGUACUCUGCCGCAGGGAAUCUAAGGCUUGCGCGUAAGAUAUUUGUAGAGACUCCGUUAAGUUUGCGAGACUCUGUUUUUUAUAACGCCAUGAUCACUGCUUAUUCGCACAAUCAUGAUGGUAAUUCUGCUAUCGAACUUUUUUGUGAUAUGCAAAGGGAUAAUUUUAGGCCCGAUAAUUUUACGUUUACGAGUGUUCUUGGUGCAUUGGCACUUGUUGCUGAAAAGGAAAAGCACUGCCAGCAGUUGCAUUGUGCAGUGGUGAAGUCGGGAACCGGGUUCGUCACUUCGGUAUUAAAUGCCCUAAUUUCAUCUUACGUGAAGUGUGCAGCUUCACCAUCAGCGCGAUCAUCGUCCUUGAUGGCUGCGGCUAGGAGGUUGUUUGAUGAGAUGCCUAAUAGAGAUGAGUUGUCAUGGACAACUAUAAUUACAGGGUAUGUGAAGAAUGAUGAUCUUGAUGCAGCCAAAGAGUUUCUUAAUGGGACUUGUGAGAAAUUAGGGGUUGCAUGGAAUGCUAUAAUUUCAGGUUAUGCUCAUCGCGGGUUAUAUCUAGAAGCGUUUGAGAUGUUUAGGAAGAUGAAUAUGUUAAGAAUUCAGUUGGAUGAGUUUACUUAUACAAGCAUUAUUAGCGUUUGUGCAAAUGGUGGGUGCUUUCGGCUUGGAAAGGAAGUGCAUUCUUAUUUUCUAAAAAAUAUGGCAAAUCCUGCACCGGACAUUUCAUUGCCCGUGAAUAAUGCAUUGAUUACGUUCUACUGGAAAUGCGGUAAGGUUGAUGUGGCCCAAGAGAUAUUUAAUAAGAUGCCAGCGAGGGAUCUUGUAUCAUGGAAUGUAAUCUUAUCAGGGUAUGUAAAUGUUGGGUGCAUGGAUGAAGCUAAAUGCUUUUUUAAUAAGAUGCCUGAGAAAAACCUUUUGUCAUGGAUUAUAAUGAUAUCUGGAUUAGCACAGAGUGGGUUUGCAGAAGAGGGGUUGAAGCUUUUCAAUCAGAUGAAAUUACAGGGUUUUGAACCAUGUGAUUAUGCAUUUGCAGGAGCUAUUACAUCUUGUUCUGUGCUUGGAUCAUUAGAGCAUGGACGCCAGCUCCACUCUCAACUUGUUAGGUAUGGUCAUGAAUCAAGCCUUUCAGCUGGAAAUGCACUGAUUACAAUGUAUGCAAGAUGUGGUGUUGUCGAUGCUGCACAUUGUUUAUUCAUUAAUAUGCCUUGUGUGGACGCAGUAUCUUGGAAUGCCAUGAUUGCAGCUCUGGGGCAACAUGGACAAGGAAUUCAAGCAAUUGAACUUUUUGAAGAGAUGCUGAAGGAAGGCAUAUUGCCCGAUCGGAUAUCAUUUCUUACAGUUAUUUCUGCUUGUAGUCAUGCGGGUUUAGUUAAAGAAGGGCGCAGAUAUUUUGAUUCAAUGUAUGGCAAUCAUGGUAUAAUCCCAGAUGAAGAUCAUUAUGCACGUGUUAUUGAUUUGUUAUGUCGAGCUGGGAAAUUCUCAGAAGCAAAGGAGGUGAUGGAAUCAGUGCCUUUUGAGCCUGGUGCACCAAUUUGGGAGGCACUUUUAGCUGGUUGCCGGAUUCAUGGGAACAUAGAUUUGGGGAUUGAAGCUGCAGAGCGACUCUUUGAGCUCAAACCUCAACAUGAUGGAACCUAUGUACUGUUGUCAAAUAUGUAUGCUGUCGCUGGCCGGUGGGAUGACAUGGCCAAGGUGCGGAAACUAAUGAGGGACCGUGGGGUGAAGAAGGAGCCUGGGUGUAGUUGGAUUCAGGUUGAAAACAAGAUCCAUGCAUUUUUGGUUGGCGAUGCUAAGCACCCUGAGGUGCAACAGGUUUACAACUACCUUGAUCAACUGGUAUUGGAAAUGAAAAAGAUAGGGUAUGUGCCUGACACAAAGUAUGUGUUGCAUGAUACGGAAUCUGACCUAAAGGAACAUGACUUGUCUACUCACAGUGAGAAGCUUGCGGUUGCUUAUGGACUUAUGAAACUUCCCCAUGGAGCCACAGUCAGGGUUUUUAAGAAUCUUAGGAUCUGUGGUGAUUGCCACAAUGCCUUCAAGUUUAUGUCAAAAGUUGUGGGAAGAGAAAUUGUAGUGAGAGAUGGAAAGAGGUUUCAUCACUUUAGGGAUGGCGGGUGCUCUUGUGGUGAUUACUGGUAG